CAUGCACCAGCCACAGAGACAAAUUUAGAACACUUGUCCAAACAAACAGGCACACUACUGCCAACACCAUAUAAUAAUAUAAUGAUCGUAACGCUCUUUUCGGAUUCCAUCAAACACCUUCGCUCUGCGCCUUAAAAUCCCGCGGUUUUGUCUCUGAAGGCGGAGUGUUUGGCAAUGGAGAUUGGUUUAAUGUGGAUAAAUACGCAGUUGAACUCGCGUUUGGUUGCCAAUUGGGAUCUUUGGUAGGAGACACAAGAUUGCUAGCUGUUUGCAAAAGAAAGGCAAAACUGUUUGCAGAGGGCCGGAAAGCAGAAAUUAAGGGUCCCCUACCUCUUUGUGCAAUUCGAGUUCGCUUGAAAAAAGUUGGGGAGAAAAAUGGAGGGCUUAUGGAGUGUGUUUUGUGGAGAAUUUGGCUGUCAGGCUGGAGGUGGACUCCCUUGUGGCCUAGAUUUCGCUUUCGUGACACAACCUUCGUCGUGCAUCAACCAUGCGUUGAUCAUUUGUUUCGACAUAUUGAUCAUGAUCAUAUUCAUAUUCAAUAUAAUUCAGAAGAAAUCAUCAAAGUCUGCGCACUUGCCCGCUCAAACUCAAGGUAGUUCACUUCUGCAGAUAAUUUCUGCCACUUUCAAUGGUGUUUUGGGAAUGGUUUAUUUGUGUUUGGGUAUUUGGCUGUUGGUGGAGAGAUUGAGGUUGUCCCAAAGCAUUUUUCCUCUACAUUGGUGGUUAUUAGUUCUGUUUAAGGGAUUCAUAUGGUUGCUCGUAGGCUUAACCGUAAGUCUUAGGGGAAAUCAUUUCGAAAAAGGCCCCUUGCGCGUUUUGUCCAUUCUUGCGUCCUUGUUUGCCGCAAUUGCUUGCGGCUUAUCGCUCUUUGCUGUCCUAAAUGAAAAAGAAGUGUCAACUAAGGUAGCUUUAGAUGUAUUGUCUUUUAUUGGAGCAAGUUUGUUGUUGCUUUGCACCUACAAGGGCUACAAAUUUGAAGAAAUUGAAGAACUUUGUUACACUUACACCCCCUUGGCUGAUGAGAUCAAUGGCAGCAGUAAAACUCAAACUGCUACCGUUACUCCAUUUUCCCAAGCCGGGUUUUUCGGCAAAAUGUCGUUUUGGUGGUUGAAUCCAAUUAUGAAAAAUGGCAAGGAGAAAACCCUUGAGGACGAAGAUGUACCGGAAUUGCGCAAGGAAGACCGGGCGGGAGCUUGUUACUUGCUGUUCAUGGAGCAAUUUAACAAGAAAAAACAAGCUGAUCCAUCAUCCCAACCGUCUGUUUUGAAAACCAUAGUUUUAUGCCAUUGGAAGGAGAUUUUUGUGUCCGGAUUCUUUGCCUUUCUAAAGAUCACCACUCUAUCUGCUGGUCCACUCCUUCUCAACGCCUUUAUUGAAGUUGCCGAAGGCAAAGAAAGCUUUGAAAACGAGGGUUACGUAUUGGCUGUAUCGCUCUUCUUGGCGAAGAGCUUAGAGUCCUUAGCACAAAGGCAGUGGUACUUCAGAACCAGGCUCAUUGGCCUAAAAGUGAGGUCUUUGCUAACUGCAGCCAUUUAUAAGAAGCAAUUGAGACUAUCCAAUGCUGCUAAGAUGAAGCACUCAGCCGGCGAGAUAACCAACUAUGUCACCGUGGAUGCUUAUCGGAUUGGAGAGUUUCCUUUCUGGUUUCAUCAAACUUGGACGACAAGCCUCCAACUCUGCUUCGCUUUGAUUAUACUUAUUCGCGCAGUAGGAAUUGCAACAAUUGCAUCACUAUUGGUUAUAGUCCUCACCGUGCUUUGCAACGCUCCCCUUGCAAAAUUACAACAUAAGUUCCAGAGUAAGCUUAUGGUGGCGCAAGAUGAGCGGCUCAAGGCUAGUUCAGAGGCUCUUGUGAACAUGAAGGUGUUGAAACUAUACGCAUGGGAAGGUCAUUUCAAGAAUGUGAUAGAGAACUUGAGGAAAGUGGAGUAUAAAUGGCUAUCAGCAGUUCAGAUGCGUAAAUCAUACAAUAGCUUGCUAUUUUGGUCAUCGCCUGUGUUGGUGUCGACUGCCACUUUUGGGACAUGCUAUUUUCUUGGCAUACCUUUGUAUGCUAGCAAUGUCUUUACGUUUGUGGCGACUUUACGACUUGUUCAGGACCCUAUUCGGAAUAUCCCUGAUGUAAUUGGAGUGGUGAUUCAAGCGAAAGUGGCAUUCGCUAGGAUCGUGAAGUUUCUUGAGGCGCCUGAGCUGGAGAAUGCAAAUAUUCGGCAGAAGGGCAAUGUGGGAAUGAAAAGCCAUGCCAUUUGCAUUAAAUCUGCCAAUCUUUCAUGGGAGGAGAAUGCAUCAAAGCGUCCCACGCUUAGAAAUGUAGAUCUAGAGAUUCAACCCAGUGAGAAGGUGGCUAUAUGCGGUGAGGUCGGUUCAGGAAAAUCAACUCUUCUGGCUGCAAUCCUUGGAGAGGUUCCAACCAUCCAGGGGACUAUUCAAGUGCAUGGGUCUGUUGCCUACGUUUCUCAAUCAGCUUGGAUCCAGACGGGAUCUAUUCGAGAGAAUAUUUUGUUUGGAUCUGCCUUGAAUCACCAGAGAUAUCAACAAACAUUACAGACGUGUUCCUUGGUGAAGGACCUGGAGUUGCUACCGCAUGGAGAUCUCACCGAAAUAGGAGAAAGAGGAGUCAAUCUCAGUGGGGGUCAGAAGCAGCGAAUCCAACUUGCCCGUGCACUAUAUCAAGAUGCUGAUAUAUAUCUGUUGGACGAUCCAUUCAGUGCCGUCGAUGCACACACUGCUACGAGCCUAUUUAGUGAAUAUGUUAUGGGAGCCCUUGCAGGGAAGGCAGUCUUACUUGUGACCCACCAAGUGGAUUUUCUUCCUGCAUUUCAUUCUGUUUUGUUGAUGUCUGAUGGAGAAAUCCUACACGCCGCUCCGUACCACCAGCUACUGGCCUCAAGUCCUGAAUUCCAGGGCCUUGUUAAUGCACACAAAGAGACAGCUGGCGCCGAAAGGCUACCAGAGGUAUCUUCUCCCCAGAAUCGCGAAACUCCAGCCAAAGAGAUCAUCAGCAAAACUCGUACUGAGAAGAAAUCCAUAACAUCUCUAGGCGAUCAGUUGAUUAAGCAAGAAGAGAGAGAAGUCGGAGACAAGGGUUUCACCCCUUACAUACAGUACUUAAAUCAGAACAAGGGCUACUUGUUUUUUGGGACGGCUUGUCUCUGUCAGCUUGCAUUUGUCACUGGUCAAGUACUACAGAACUCUUGGAUGGCUGCCAAUGUUGAAAAUCCAGAAGUUAGCAAGUUGCAAUUGAUUACCGUUUACUUGGUUAUUGGAUUUGCCACGAUUGUGUUUUUGCUCGGAAGAUCUCUGUCUGCAGUUGCUUUGGGUAUGCACUCGUCGAAGUCCCUGUUUUCGCAGCUAUUGAACUCCCUUUUUCGUGCGCCCAUGUCGUUUUACGACUCCACACCUUUGGGAAGGAUACUGACUCGGGUAUCAUCUGAUUUGAGUAUUGUUGACCUCGAUGUUCCGUUUAGCUUUGUGUACAGCGUUGGGACGACCACGCAAACCUAUGCCAAUCUUACAGUCUUGGCUGUUAUUACUUGGCAAGUCCUGUUCGUCUCCAUACCAAUGGUUUAUUUUGCCAUCCUCUUACAGAGAUACUACUUUGCCUCUGCAAAAGAACUGAUGCGGAUCAAUGGCACGACCAAGUCUUUGGUUGCAAACCAUCUGGCUGAGUCCAUUCAAGGAUCUAUGACAAUAAGAGCUUUUGAGGAGGAGGAUCGAUUCUUUGUGAAGAAUCUUGACCUCAUUGAUGUAAAUGCUAGUCCAAAUUUCCACAGUUUUGCAGCAAAUGAGUGGCUGAUCCAACGGCUCGAAAUGCUUAGUGCAAUUGUUCUCUCCUCAUCAGCACUCUGCAUGGUUUUGCUUCCUCCUGGAACUUUCACCUCUGGAUUCAUUGGAAUGGCUUUGUCCUAUGGCCUCUCAUUGAACUUAUCCCUAGUUUUGUCCAUUCAAAACCAAUGCACUCUAGCAAAUUACAUUAUUUCCGUGGAAAGGCUAAACCAGUAUAUGCACGUACCAAGUGAAGCUCCUGAAGUGAUAGAAGAGAACCAGCCCCCAGUCAGUUGGCCUAGUGUGGGCAAAGUGGAGAUUCAAGAUUUGCAGAUCAGAUACAGGCCCGAUGCACCACUCGUGCUUCGGGGAAUAAGUUGCACAUUUGAAGGAGGACACAAAAUUGGAAUUGUUGGAAGAACUGGCAGUGGGAAGACUACUCUGAUAAGCGCUCUAUUUCGUCUGGUGGAGCCUUCAAGGGGAAGGAUUGUAGUUGAUGGAAUUGAUAUUUCUAAGCUCGGACUUCAUGAUUUAAGGUCGCGUUUGGGCAUAAUACCUCAGGAUCCUACUCUUUUUAAUGGAACCGUGAGAUUCAAUUUGGAUCCCUUAUCUCAACAUACCGACUAUGAAAUAUGGGAGGCUCUUGGAAAGUGUCAGCUGAAAGAGGUGGUUCAGGAGAAGGAAGAGGGCCUAGACUCUUUUGUUGUGGAAGAUGGUUCGAAUUGGAGCAUGGGACAGAGGCAACUGUUUUGCUUGGGCCGUGCCCUUUUGAGGAGAAGCAAGAUACUAGUCCUUGAUGAAGCAACCGCAUCAAUUGACAACACGACUGACUCCAUCUUACAAAGGACCAUCAGGAGUGAAUUCGCUGAUUGCACUGUGAUCACGGUGGCCCACAGAAUCCCAACCGUGAUGGAUUGCACCAUGGUUCUAGCUAUCAGUGAUGGAAAACUAGCAGAGUAUGAUGAGCCAAUGGCGCUAAUGAAAAGAGAAGGUUCACUGUUUGGGCAACUUGUCAAGGAAUACUGGUCUCAUUAUCACUCUGCAGAGUCUCAUUGAAGCUUUAUCACAAAAAAUAAGAGAGUGCCCAUGAGGAGUGUGUCCGUGAUUGCUUGUGAUAAUGUACAUCUUAUGUUUCCAGUGAUCAAAAGACAUUUUCUGCAGUCAGCCCAUUGAGAACAAUCAUCUCGGGCAAGGUUUUCUAAUAAGGGAAAAAUAAAGAAUGUAUGUAAAUUGCCCAAGAAAUUUAGCAUAAGAAUCCAGUUAAGUGAGGUCUAUUUUGUGGUAGUGUACUGUAGUAGAACAAUAAUUCAGGCCCCAUAGAAUGGGGAAGGGACCCGAAAGGCCUAUUCUUUUGUGUAUUAUGUAUAUUGCCUUAGUUUGUCUGUAAUGUAAUGUCUAUUGCCUAGUUCAGGUGGUAAUUGCCCUUUCUUCUGAAUGCAACAACUUGAAUUUAUCGUGUA